AUGAAGAUAACGUGUACGGGCUUGGUGUACGUCUUCAUUUCACUUUUCCUAAACACUAGUUGUGUCAAAGCGGUUUUUUCAGAUGAUGCAUUUGUCACUGAUUGGCAAUUGGCUAACCUGGGUCCUUGGAAGAAGAUUAUCCCUGAUUCUCGAGACCACAAUCGGGUUCUUAUCUUAUCGAACCCUACCGAGACAUCCUCCUUGGUUUCUUCGUUCAACGUUUCUUCGGGACAAAUUCUUUUCAGAAACGUUUUACCCUUCACUAUUGAUGAAAUUCAUCUCGAUAGCAAUGAUCAUAACGCAGUGGUCUGUGUGAACUCAUCGAGUCAACAAUGGCAGAAAUUCAAUUUGCACGAUUGGUUCUUACUAGACGAAGGCGUAAAUAACACCCCGGCUACGACCAUUUUGCCACAGCCCUUAUAUCCAAAUGAACAAAUAUUCGUCAAUGAUAAUGAAUUGCACAUCCUCAACAGGGAAUCAAGUUUGGCCGAGUGGAAACUAGAACUGCCUCAGGGGUUUAACAAAGUGGAAUAUUUCCAGCAUGAAGAUCCUUUGGCUCUGGUGUUGAACGUAAACGACACCCAAUAUAUAGGGUUCUCUAUCAAUGGAACAGAAUUGAUACCAGCCUGGACAAGAGACGAAUCACUAACGAAUGUGGUAGACUAUGUUGUAUUGGAUGUUUUUGAUUCUAAAGAUGUGGAAUUGAAUAAAGAUAUGAUAGCAGAGCUUGAUUCUGAUUCACUUUGGAACGCUUACCUGCUCAGAUUGACAACCAAUUGGAAACGCUUCAUGAGCCUAUUGAAAGAAAACCAUUUUUCACCAGGACGUGUGUUCACCAGACUUCUAGCUUUAGAUUCUAAGGAUACUGUCGCAUCAGAUCUGAAGUUUGGAUUCUCCAAAAUCUUGAUUGUUUUGACGCAUGAUGGCUUUAUUGGCGGUCUUGAUAUGAGCAAUAAAGGUCAAGUUGUUUGGAAACUCCAAUUGGAUAUUGACCAAGGUAUCAGAAUUUUCUGGACGGAUAAAAACCAUAACGAGCUCGUUGUUUUUUCGCAUGAUGGACAUUAUCUGACAAUUGAAUUUCUCAACAACUUACCAAUUGUCAAAUUAAGAUCUGCUUUGCCCGUAAGGAAGAAUGUUGGUUCUGUUAUCAGGUUGAAUGAACACCAAUAUCAAUACUUAAUUAAGUUUGACAAUGCAAAUCAUCUACUGUUUACGUUGGAUCCCCGCAAUGAUACAGAUGCAUUAGUAUCUUCCAAUCACUACGCAGGCUCACGGAUAUUUAUCACUGAACAUGAUAAGAAUGGUAUUUAUGGCUAUCUAAUCGAGAAUGACAUGAUUGAAAAAACUUGGCAAAGAGCUAUGAAAUCAAGUGAAAAGGUAAUGGCUUACGGCAGGAGAGACGAAACAAAUUUGAAUACCCUUGGUAUUACCUUGGGUGACAAAUCAGUUCUUUAUAAAUAUCUGUAUCCAAACCUUGCAGCUUAUCUAGUUGCUGAUGAAGAACUUCAUACAGUCACUUUCAACCUAAUUGAUACUAUUACGGGCGAAAUUUUAAUUACUCAAGAACACAAUGAUUCUCCAGAUUUCAGGUUUCCAACUGACAUCGUUUUUGGUGAAUAUUGGGUUGUUUAUUCCUAUUUCAGUUCUGAACCUGUCCCAGAACAAAAGUUAGUAGUAGUGGAAUUAUACGAAUCUUUAACUCCAGAUGAACGUUUGUCUAACUCAUCAGAAGAUUUCUAUUAUGAUCCAUUAACUGGUCAUACUAACAAACCUCAGUUCUUGACAAAACAGUUUAUUUUCCCGAAAAUUAUCAAAACAAUGUCCAUUUCUAAAACGACGGAUGAUAUUACCACAAAGGCGAUUCUCAUGGAAUUAGAAGAUGGCCAAAUCACAUAUAUACCCAAGCUCAUGUUGAAUGCAAGAGGUAAACUGGCGGAGGAAAUGACUAAUGAAGAUAAGAAGGAGUUCUUGGCCACCCCAUACACCCCAGUUAUACCAAUCAACGAUAAUUUCGUCAUCACUCACUUCAGAAAUUUAUUACCAGGAUCUAAUUCCAAAUUGAUAUCCAUUCCAACAAACUUGGAAUCUACAAGUAUCAUUUGUGAUCUAGGUCACGAUGUUUUCUGUACAAGAAUCACACCUUCUGGUCAAUUUGAUUUAAUGAGUCCUGCCUUCGAGAAAGGGAAAUUACUCAUUACCGUAUUUGUUCUGCUUGUGAUCACAUAUUUUAUUCGGCCUUCUGUUUCAAACAAGACAUUGAAAUCACAAUGGUUAAUUAAAUAG